UCACCUAUUUUAACCGAUGAGCGCAUGUGUUGGAUGUCUCACCGCAUAGAAAUAAUUGGAGCACCUGUUAGUGUUCGUCGAGUGACAGUGGCAAUUUACGUCGUCACCCCAAGCGCCCAUUGCAUGUAUAAAAGCAUGGCGCCCUCCAUAGGUCAAAACAUGUAUUAAAUAUUAUAGAUUUUUAAAUCAAUGACAACAUUUUAUGUGUUCCUCAUAACAUAUAUUGGUAAAAGAAAACAAUUGUGGCUUAUUAGAACCUGCAAGUCAUAAGUCUGAUGUUCCCUUUAAAAAGUGGUUCACAAACACCAAUCUCUAGCCUACCAAAAGCAAAACAUGUUUCCUGCAGUAAAGUAACUUCUUAGUCUGCAGUAAAAUUGAGCUUCUUUCUAACUAGUGUGCUUCCACAGGCAGAAGGCUGUGACAAAUAGUGCCCAUGCCCUCUACUGGCUAACUCAUAACCUACAAGCAACAAUGAGUCCACAAAAAAUAAAAAAUUGGGCUCCGAUGAUCAAUGCGUAUUCAUUCCUAGAACAAACCUACCAAAUCUCAUUGUGAUGCGUCUAUGAAAAACGGAGGAAUAUUUUUUUAUUUUUAUUUUUUAAAUUUAAUGAUGGUGUACUCACCCCCAACAAUAACAUGAACAUCAAUCUGACAGGCAUUCAGCCUGUAAAAAUAACAGCGUCAACCAUGGCAGUUGUUAUUGCAUAAUGGAGCACACAAUGCUGUACUUACAUUUUUAUUAAAAAUAACACAUGGAAAUUGUUAUCUUAAAAAACUCUUUUACAAGACUCAGCUGGAAAACAAUCUACAAAAAAAGGGUCGCUGUUGAGUUGAAAACUAUCCCAGUUGAAUUAGUAGAAAAUAUGUUUGCUUCCUUGUUGCUCCACAAAUUUUGUUACUCCUUUAGCCCAAUUCUGUAUAAUAACAACUCAGCUAUAAGGAUGUAACCAUAGCAGCAGGAACAAAGCAACUGUUUAGAAUCCAGAUAGUCAAGAUGAACAGGUUUCAUUCACUCUAGUGCUACUUGGAUUACAUUUUGUAAUUGUCAGGAGUUAUGUAAAACAGGUGAAGUCCAAAGCCUCUUUUCCUCUGCAGGUGCUUAUAGAGGAAUGUGGUUCAAUCAUUUCCUUGUCACAAGAGGGUGGAGACUCAGGUUUGUAAACCUAUAUCAGUAAGAGUCACUUCCCUGUUUACACCGAAGAUUACAAAGCAGUGCAGAAGUUUUAUUCAGAAGUCUACGCUUCACAUCAGAAGACACGAUGCUUUAUACAGACUUAUUGCACUUGUGGAAUGAAUCCGUGAACGCAAUGGAUAAAAAAGAUUGGCAAGGAGCUCUGGAAAAACUGGAACAAAUCACGGAACCGACAUCUCGUACUCUCUUCAAUGCUGCAUCAGCACACCUGUGUCUGGGACAGUUGGAUUACGCCCUUCAGGCUUUGGAUCUCACAAUUGUCAAGGAUCAACGUCUCUCAGUCGCGUUCUUCCAGAGAGCAGCAGUAAUGAUGCAGCUUGACAGGUUGGAGGAGGCUUUGUCUGACUGUGUCUGGGCCCAGAAACACAUGAGAGGGAAUACAGUUAUUGACUAUCGACAACUUGGGCUGCGUUAUAAACUUUACAGCUGGCAGGUGAUACACAAUGCUGCAGCUGUGUACUGCCGAAUGAACCAGUGGGAGCAAGCCAGAGAUGUUCUCAUGUCAGAAAGUCACGGGGGGAAUUUAGAGAUGGCUUUGGACAGUGUCCUGAGAAAAGAAAUCAUUCAACCUUUACUGGUACCCGAGGGUGUGGUGUUUCGUCCCAGGAAAAAGGAUGUGGAACAGCUCAAGCAGAGAGAUUUCUUAGGAAAACCAAAGGUGAUUUCCUCCAUUAUUCCCAAUGAUGAUUAUGGGGGGUUUGAACCACUCAGGCUACAGAAACCUGGUUAUUAUCAGCCCAAAGUGGAAGGUGCUGAGGGUUCUCGCUACAUGUGUAUGACGGUUCCUUACAUGGCUCGAGGCCCAGGCCAGCUGACAGUGCCGGGAGGUUCAAAGGUGUUUUUGUUUGAAGAUCAGGACAAGGAUGGGAUGGCAACAGUCAUAUAUGAUGGACAGAGAGGACGUGUGCCAAUGUCUCUCUUAAAGCCGGUAGAUCUCAAGACUAUGAAAGGCAAAAGUGAGAACCCACUUCCUUCUGGGAUCCCUCUCCCUCCAGGACUAAAACCACCCACUCGUCCACAUAAGCCUAGUGCAGUGCCUCCUACUUUAGGGAGAAAAAUGUCUUCCGAGACACCACCCCCAUCCUACUCCAGCGCUACCCACCCUCUACUGCCACCCCCAGUGCACCAAACGUAUGCAGCUCAUUCAGCCAGCAAUGAGCAUGUCAACACAGUCGAAGAAGAAAUAGACUAUGUGGAAGUAAAAGUUCACUACACAUACACUAUGGCACUGUCAGUACCUUCAAAUACAUCCUACCAUGAACUUAAAGAAGAAAUUGCUCAACAAUUGGACCAGCCAGCAUCUUCUUUACGCCUCAGACAAAGGAAGAAUGGCUCUCGGGCCCUGGUGCCACUUGAAUGGGAAUUAGACGUCGGAAGGACCCUACAAGAGGUCUCAGAUGAUGGCAGAACCACUCUGUGGUGCAGGGCAGAAGAUUCCCUUAGCAACCACACCAUCCUCUACCAAAUGGUGGCGCUAUAUGACUAUUCUGCUCAGGGUCCAGAGGAUUUGGAGUUCAAUGAAGGGGACACCAUUGACAUCCUUGGUGAAGUGAACGAGGAAUGGCUGGAGGGACACUGUGCAGGGAAUAUAGGGAUCUUUCCCAGUUGCUUUGCCAUGAGGGAACCUGAAAACUUUUUGCAGACAUCCCAGUUUUGAAUUAUAUUUACAUUCAAUAUCAUAUCACAUUAAUUUGUUAAACAACAUUGCAAUAUAUUACAUUACAAACACACAACAUCAAUUUUGUAUUUCAUAUUUGUUAAAUAUGGUAUAGUCUUGUUAUAACCUAGAUCAGGGGUCCCCAAACUUUUUCCUGUGAGGGCCACAUAACUUUUCCCUUCUCUGAUGAGGGCCGGGGUCAGUUUGUAACAGAAAAUGUGUGAUGAUCGCAGGAGUGCCUAAAUGUAAAAAUUUAUUGUUUUUCAGAAAGCCACAAUCAAAUAACCCUUUCUGGAUUCUUCACGGAGACGGAACAAAAGUAAAUGAAAUUAAAAAAAUAAAAUAUUAUAAUAUAAUAUAAUAAUAAUUAGGGAUGUCCCGAUCGAUCGGGAUUCGGGUCCGAUCACGUCAUUUUCAAAGUAUCGGAAUCGGCAAAAAAAUAUCGGCCAUGCCUUUUUUUAAUAUAUAUAUAUUUUUUAAUUAAAUCGUUUUCUAAUUGUAUUUAACGUUACAGACAUAAUAUGUUACACUCAUCCAGAGUCUUUAGUUUAGGCUUAAGGUAGGGUUAUCAGAUUUAUCCCAAUAACGGUGGUAAUUAAUUUUUAAAAAAAUGUAUCACGUUAAAAUAUUUAACGCAAUUAAUGCAUGCGCUGCACGACUCACUCGCGCUCAAUUUGUAAUGGUGCCGUUGUACCUAUAUAGAGAGAUAAAAGGCAGCGUAAAAUUAGUAGAAUGAAUUUUGGCAGCCUUUGGAGCCUUUUUUUUAAUUGGCUAAAGCCUUACAAUCCCUCUCCCUACGAUUAGAAAUAUCAUGGGAAGCAAUGUGGGGAAGCAAGGUAGCAAUUGAUCUUUUUCUUAACACCUUAUGUUAUUUCCCAACGCAGAGAAUAUAUAUCAAUUGGUAGCACUACGCACAGUCAUGGUUCCACUUCCCAUCAUGCAUUUGGGCAUGGCCACAGUAUCAUUUACUGGAAGCUCAACAAAUACUAGAUGGCAAUAUUUAGUCACAAUAUACACAAAGUCACAAGUCUUUCUAUCCGUGGAUCCCUCUCACAGAAAGAAUGUUAAUAAUGUAAAUGCCAUCUUGAGGAUUUAUUGUCAUAAUAAACAAAUACAGUACUUAUGUACUGUAUGUUGAAUGUAUAUAUUCGUCCGAGUUUUAUUCAUUUUUUUUCUUAAUGCAUUGCCAAAAUGUAUAUGAUCGGGAAAAGUUAUCGGGAAUGAUUGGAAUUGAAUCGGGAGCAAAAAAAAAACAAAAAACAAUCGGAUCGGGAAAUAUCGGGAUCGGCAGAUACUCAAACAAAAACGAUCGGGAUCGGAUCGGGAGCUAAAAAACAUGAUCGGAACAACCCUAAUAAUAAUAAUAAUAAUAAUAAUAACACUAUUAAUUAAAUAGAUAAUAACUAAAUAACCCUCUCUGAGUUCUUCGCAGAAAAAGACCAGGAAAAAAAUAACACUAUUGAGAAAAAAAAUUUCAAAAUGCUCUCUGGUAUUGUUCAGGGGGCCAGACCAAAUGAGGAGGUGGGCCGUAUCCGGCCCGCGGGCCGUAGUUUGGGGACCCCUGACCUAGAUGAUUAUCAAUUGUGAAAAUUGUUGAGUGUAUUAGACGACUCCAUGGUAGAGAAAUUAUACUCCUGUUACCUUGGUUAAAACAAUGUGACAAUCUGAUACUGGUAAAAAUGAAAAUUAGCAACUUAUUUGAUAGUUAUUACAGGGAAUUCACUUUAUACAUAGACAGGAGAACUCUUAAAAAGUUAGAAUUGAAGUUCAUUAGGUCAAAUUAAGUUAGUUGUUUUUAUUAUACCUGGCUGUUGAUUAAAUAAAACCGCUACUGUCA